UUGUUGAACCGCAGAUAAUGACAGCUUUCUACUUGAUCGAUGUGCUUAAGUGUGAGUGGUAAAUGUACGCGUCCAGCGGAAAGGAAUGCAGAUAUUGGGUAGAGAAACAACAUUGAGCGAAAUAACUGAACGGUCGAAGAUCACCCGCGGCAAGAGCAUAGGAGAUUUUAGAUCACCUUUGAUUGCUGGCAAAGAAAAUUAAAUCAUGCACGGCCAUCGGAGACGAAAGAAGAGACCGAACUAUGGCAUUCGUUCGGUGGAGGUGAAUAGAGGCCUGAACGGGUUUGGAUUUACGAUUUCCGGUCAGCAGCCAUGUAUACUAUCCUGUAUUGUGGCGAAUUCCCCAGCCGACCAGGCUGGAUUACGAGCUGGCGAUUUUCUGAUUUCAGUGAAUGGUAUGAAUGUGUCAAGGUUGCCUCAUGAAGCGGUUGUUCAGCUAAUUGGAAAUACAUACGGAGCGAUUAAAAUGGCCAUUGCAGAGAAUUACUACUCCGAUAGUUCCGAUGAGGAUAUUUUAUUUCAGGGAAGUCAACAAAGAUCGAGACCAAAGUAUCCUCAUCAUAAAACUAAAUGCAACCGUUCGACGGUAAUGGGCAAGCAACCGAAUAGCCUCGGUAAUGUAGCAACCUCAACUCCGGCAGAUUUGGUUGUAACUUGCGAAGAAGCAGCAUCAAUUGUUGUAAACGAUUCACCAACGGCAUACAAUGUAAUCUUGAGUCCAAACGCCAGUAGUAGCUGUGAUAUUUCCAACGUCAGUGCAAUGGUUCGAUUGGUUCAACUUAGCCAGGAUCAAAACGAUGUACACGCGGGUCCAUCGCAAAGUCAGUCAACAGGUCAAGAGAUAGCAUUGGAAUAUAAGGCUGUCGUUGGCUAUCUGGGAACAAUUGAAAUGCCUAAACAAAUUGCCACGAGUUCGAAACUACAAACUGUCCGAAGUUGCAUCCGGAAAAUGCGUCAAGAAAAACGUAAUCCCACGACGGUUCUAAUGACUAUACUUCCAUCCUGUUUGAAUCUGAUCAACACAAGCAAUGCCAUUAUAGCGAAAUACUCUUCAGUUAGGUUGAGUUACGUGAGCAGCAGCAGCGAGAAUGAUAACCGAUAUUUUGGGCUAGUCACGUCGGCUAUUUACGCCGAUGGCUUAAUGUGUGAGAACUCAGAUAUUCUGAACCAACGGAAGGAUGUUGUGAUUUCCAAUAGUUGUCAUGUUUUUGUGAUAGACUCGAAGCUUAUAGAGCAUGCAGCACAUUUCGAAAAAGCAGAAUUAUUAAAAAUAAUCUGCACGAAGGAUCCGAUCACUAAUCUCUGUUUGGAGUUUCCGGGCAGUUCGGAAUAUGUCGUGAACUUGAUUCGAAGUAUGUAUAAUUUGAAAGCUCCAAUCAAACCUGAAUGUCCGACAGCGGGAAAGCCACCAGUAGCUCGUAGUUUAAAUUUGGAUCACGCUGUUCGUGCUUAUCCGAGAGUUCUUAAUGAUCCACGUCUCAACCCGAGAGCAAUGGAAGAUCCUCACGAUAUGCUGGCAUCCAAUUCUCCUCAGCCCAGCAAUCACAGCGAAAUAACGACUACUUCCAGCAAUUCGGAUUCCGGAAUUGGUUUCCACAACGACUGUCGAAACAUUUCGGAUCGCAUUUUGGUGGUAGAUUUUCCCGGAAUACCUAAUCAUCAACAAAUUAGUAAUGUCCGUGCCCAUUUUCGCAAGUCACACCCUUUCGGUUUGUCUGGGCGACCGGUGGGAAUUAUAAAUGGCCUACCUCCGAAGUUGGAUCCGAUUCGUAACAUACGGUCGACAACUCGGCCUGAGGUUGUUCCUCAGAUUUACCAUGGAAAAUCUAAAUCUGCCGAUUAUAGUUAUUCGUUGUCUGCUGGUAUCGACAGAUUGACGGUUCGAGCACGUCCGGAUCCAAAAUCUUUUAUUUCCGAUCGUUCCCCUAGUAAGGAUAAUGCUUUGAACAACAUGAAUGAUCAGUCGUCAGCUAAAUAUGAACGGAUAUAUCCCGAUCAUCCGGGCAACCAAGCAGCCGACAGCAACUGGGCUGUUGGCAAAACGGUGGAUGACCAAGGUAAUGUUGUCCAAGAACGUCCAGUUGAUGUGCCCCAGUUAAAGGAGGUGAUAAAUGAUUUGGAACGAUACAACAGUGAUAACGUAAAGAAUAGUCUGCUAGCUGCUCGUUCGUGUGACGAUAUGAUUCUGUCGCUGGAGAAGGAAAGUUUCGAGCCGAAGGUACAGCUAUCGGUUGAUGAUUUGACGCUGGUGGAAAAGCAGUCUCAGGUAGAAAAGGAACACGUCUUUCUGCAGCCUACAAAACCGAUCAAACGAUCUAAAAAGGUUUGUGCACACAAAAGUAGCGGAAAGCAGAGUUGUACGGGAGCGGACGAUACGUCCGUGGAAUCCUCUUCUAAUCGAUCUUCGCAGCAUGGUGGUGAUAAGCUGAUGUCAUACAAACUAAGUCCAAAAGUGUUCGGACUGGCACGGCCGAUGUCGAUGAGUGUUGAAAAUAUUUCCAGUGCUAUUACCGUUGUAAGUGGGUUUGAUGGCGAGAAAUCACGCAAAGACGAAACAGAAGGUUCCGGCGGUGAACGAAGAAAUAAAUCAGUGAAAAGACUUAGUGGUGGGUUUUCCGCAAUCUGGGGAAGUUUGCAGGAACUGAGAAGCGGUGGAAAGCACGACGACUCCGUAGCGAUCAUGGAACGGAGCACUAAAGGCGCCCGAAAAGGGCAGGAGCGUCAUUCGAGUGGAUUGAAGGUUAUAGAAGGAACGUACAGUGAGCCGGAUCUGCGGUUUGAUGAGGGCAAGCAAAUCAACCACAAUGCAUCACCCUUCCGGCGCUGGGGGCAGUCAUCGUUGCGGUCGCGAUCGGGCGACCAACGCACUCCCGGGUCCGCUCACCGGAGGCCGUCGUCGCUGGCGGCAUCGGAGUCGGACGUCUACACAAAGUCCAUCGACGAUGACUACAGUUCCACGAAGAGUGGCUACAAUCCGUACGCGGACGCAGCCAGUACAGUGACGACGGAUUCAACGCAAACCAGCGCGGGUGGAACGGGUGGAUCUACGACCGGUCCAGCCGGAGUAGCGUCAUGGGGUACUACUUUCGAGAAGUUGCUAGAGGAUGCGGCAGGACUGCAUACUUUUUCGGAAUUUCUCAAAAAAGAAUUUUCGGCGGAAAACAUCUACUUCUGGACGGCUUGCGAGCGGUAUCGGCAGUUAGCGGAUCGUGACGAGCGGGCUAAGGAAGCACAGGCUAUUUUUGCCAAACAUUUGGAGUCCGGUUGCAGCGAACCGGUCAACGUAGAUUCGAUUGCAAGAAACAUUGCUCAGGAAAAUCUACCGCAAGCGGAGCAAACACUAUUUGCUGCGGCCCAGAAGCAAAUUUUCAAUCUGAUGAAGUUCGAUAGCUACCAGCGGUUUAUCAAAUCGGACAUGUACCGAACGUGCCAGGACGCGGAAGCCAAAGGGCACCCGUUGCCCUAUCCGGGCGAACAGCUCGAUCCGCUGCUGAGAACUAGCUUCGUGGUACAGGCAACGAGCAAGCUGAAGAAAUCGUUAAGUAAUGCGGAGGACCGGAGGCGGAAGUCACUGCUUCCGUGGCACCGCAAGACGCGGUGCAAAUCCAAGGAUCGUGGUGAUUCGGAGCUGAAGAAGGAGAGCGGAAAGUCGUCACUUUCGAACGGGGGAGGGACCGGCGGUAGUAGUAAUACGCUAAAAGUGCUUUCAACAAAUUCGGCUAGUGAUAUCCAUAGUUCCAGAAGUUCCUUAGCGAGUUUCGACGCCGCAAUCGGUAAGUCCUAUGAUCUGGACGAUAACCGCAAUACUCUCUGCCGGGUGAUACUGUCUAACGGAGCAACGACAGUGGUUCAGACUCGUUCGAACGAAACUAUCAAGGAACUGGUUGAGCGAUUGCUCGAGAAACGAGGCAUUGUGUACAAUGCGUACGAAGCGUUUCUUGCAGGAAACCACAAGCCGCUCGAUUUGGACGGCCCAUCGUCUAGUCUCGCUGGAAAGGAGGUGAAUAUUGAUCAGCGAGUAGUUUUUAAGCUAAGUUUACCCAAUAGGAAAAUGAUUUCGGUUAAAAGCAAAGCAACGAAACCACUCGGCGAUGUCUUGAGGCCAAUUUUAUUAAAAUACAACUACGAGUUGGAUCAAAUGAAUGUGUACUCGAAGGAUGCAUAUCUCGACAUGUCAUAUCCGGUAACCAGUGUUGAUGGGUUGUGGUUACAAGUUCGCAAUGGAAAUGAGAAUGAAUUUCAUCAGGACCUUACGCGAACGAUCGCUUCCCGUUCUGAACGGUCGCAAUCUAAUCAGGCGCCAUCACUUCCGAUAAUAGCUACGUCUCAGCAUCAGCAGAUUAUCAAUCAUUUUCAGCAGCAAUUGCAUUACCAGCAGGCUCAGUCACAACCGCAAAGCUUUGUAAUGCCUGCUCCUGUGAAUAAUAUUGCGAAAAAACAAACUCCAACAGCAUAUAACGCACAAGCUCACAAUUACAGCAAUAGUAUAAAUAAUAACAAUAACAACAACCAGCUGAUGAAGAGCAAAGAGGAACUGAAGGACGAUAACAAGCAAGAACUGAACAUGUUGGAUGAGAUUACGAACAAGGUGUUCAACGAACUGAUGAAUGGAAAGAUCGCUAACGGUAAAAUACCAGAGGAUUGCACUUCCGAUAGUUCUUCCACUCGACGGGAUCGCUUUCGUCGGCGAGGAUCCAACGCACCGUCAGAAAGUGGCCGAGGAGCAAAAAGUAAAAAAUGCUCUACCGGUGGUUCGGAAGAUGGCGGGGACAGUGUGAACAAUGGUGCUGGAAGCAAGAAGCCAAUUAUUGCAAAGCUAAAGGCAGGUGUUAAACUGCAGAUUCCGACACGAUCGCAGAAUGACGAACUUUUGGAAGGACUGAAGCGUGCUCAGCGAUCACGACUGGAAGACCAGCGAGGUACCGAAAUCAACUUCGAAUUACCGGAUUUUCUGAAGGAUAAGGAAAAUUUUACUAGCGGAGGUAGUGGUAAUUGUGCCUCCGGCACCGCAACAUCUGCUGGAGGUGCUCUAUCGUCGAAGUUUGUUCGUAAAUUGGGAAAACGAUCCGAUUAUAUGACCAGUUCUUCGCUAGAAUUUCCACUCAGCACAAGCACAACAGGUGGUUCGCUGCAGCAGAUUAAUAAGCCACUUCCUGCGCCACGAUUGUCAAUUGCAAGCUCCAGGAGCCUGGCGACUGCUGGUGGUUGCGGUGGCAGCCCCACUUCACCCUGCGGACCCGUCCAUUCUGCAUCCAGUGAAAGCAAUCUAAACAAUCUCUCGAUCAGAUGCAACCCGUCACCGUUGACGCUGGACGACAACGGGAAUGGAUCCCAAUCGGAAAACAGCUACGCAGAUAAUGCACUGGUUUUUACGCAAGGCGCAGCUUCACCCAAUCUAUCACCGUCGUCGCACACGAUCCACCAGGCAACUAACUUUCAUCUGCCGUCUCUGUCCAACCAUGGCGAGUUGGGGCACGAUUCGACGGUCAUCUCAGGAACGCAUUCGGGCAAAGAUUGCUGCAACGAUGGCAGCAGCCAUCAUCGCCAUCACCAUCAUCACCACCAUCACCCGGCGGCAACGCACGGCGGCUCGAGUGGUCACCACCAUCACCAUCACUAUCAUCAUCACCAUCAUAAUUUCUCGGCAAGCACCACCAGCGAGAGUGGCAGCAGUAGCAGUGGCAGCAGUUCCAGUGGAAGUAGCAGUAGCAGCAGCAGCGACGGAGACCAUCAGAAAGGUCCGCCGCCGUUGCCGCCAAAGCCGAAGAUUCUUCCCAUCAAGCCGUCCAAUUGGGGCCACACGACGGCUUCGUCCCUAGGUAGCAGUAGUAGUGGCAGUAAUCAUAUUAGCACCAGCCUCUGCAAUCUUCCCUCCGCCGCAUCCAGCGGAAACAGUGGAGGACAUGGUGGUAGUCAAAAGGGUGUUAGUGGCAGCACUAAUAAUCACAACAGUAAUAAGGAGAGACGAUUGUCUGGGCAGCCCCAGCAGCAGGAGCAGCACACCCAGAAGCAGUCGCAGCAGCAGACGUCGAGAAGUGUAUAUUUGGAUCACGCUAGUAGCAGCUUUGUGUAACAUUUUCAAAACCUUAGAGCAAUUUUAGACUGUAAGUUGAAAACUUUCGUAGGUUUUUUAUCCCGCGCAUCGCUUGUAAAGCGGCUUUUCACUUGUGUGUGAAUAAUUUCUUCGUGACUUGGUUUUAUUUAUUUCGCUGUCGACUGUGUAAUGUAUUAUAUUCCACUUCUGGUAAUUACAGUAAUGUAAAAAAGAGAGUUAUAUUCACAAU